AUGCAAACUGAGGUUUUUUACGCGAUUCGACAAUGGUGUGUAAAAAAAGCAAAUGGAAAAAAUCCAGAUCCAUUUCAUCUUUUUAUAUCUGGCGGAGCUGGAACCGGGAAAUCACAUUUAGUGAAAGCAAUUUAUUACGAGACAUCCAAGGUGCUCGCCAACAGAGCAGAAGACAUUUCUCAAAUCCGAGUAUUACUGACCGCUUCCACUGGCGUUGCAGCAUACAAUAUCAAAGCCACAACAAUACACAGUACAUUUAGCAUCCCAGUACAAGCGACAAUUCCAUACAGACCACUUGCAGAAGAAAAACUCAACACCUUGAAAUGCAGGUAUGAAAAUUUGGAAUUAUUGAUCAUUGAUGAGAUAUCAAUGGUCGAUUACAAAUUAUUAUCAUAUAUUCAUGGAAGAUUACGCCAAAUAAAAAGCGCAAGCGAUGAGUUUCCUUUUGGCAAAGUAAGCAUAAUUGCAGUAGGGGAUUUCUAUCAACUUCCUCCGGUUAAAGCAUCCCCGUUGUUUAAGCCAAAUCCGUUGGGCAAUCUAUGGAAUGGUUAUUUUAAGCUAGUAGAGCUUAAUGAAAUUAUGGGGCAAAAGGGCGAUAAAAAAUUUGCAGAAAUGCUUAAUCGUAUACGCACAAAGAAAAAAGGCGAGAUAUUGAACGCAUGUGAUAUUUCGAUGCUCUCUCAGCGUGAAACUGGUGAAACAGAAUCAGAUAUCAUCCACAUUUACCCAACAAACGCUCAAGUGAAUGAAUUCAACUUGAAACGUCUCCUUUCUCUUGAUAAGGAAAUAGUAGAAAUAGCUGCUGAUGUUUUAACUCCCACGUCAGAAAAUCGCUCAUCCAGUUGUCGGACACAUAUACCAAUGGGUCAAUUGCAAAAGACUUUGAAAUUUUCUGUUAGGGCUAGGGUGAUGUUGCUACGCAACAUUGAUGCAACCGAUGGACUUGUUAACGGUGUAAUUGGUACCAUUGGGAGUAUUCACCGCGCAGAAGGUACAAUUGAAGUAGAUGUCAUCCAUGUCCGAUUUGACGACAAUCGUGUUGGCGCCACAUUGAGAAUGAGAUCAAAAUGCAGAUAUGAGGACGGCGUUCCUAUCACAAAAGUCGAAGAUUCAUUUUCAGGCCGCGGCAGUUACAAACAGUUUCCCCUUAAACUGUCGUGGGGAUGCACUAUUCAUAAAAUGCAAGGUGUUACAGUGGACGCAGCUCUCGUUGACUUCAAAAAAGCCUUUAGAGCUGGUCAAAUAAGUGAAUGCUAUGAUAAAAACGAUGAUUUUUUCGGACAAUUUAAAACAAAAAAGCAAGGUGGAGUUGGAUUUUUGCUUCGAAGCGAAUUGAAAGUGAGGGUGAUGGACAUUGAAGUUCUUAACCUGGAAUUUUUAUGCCUUCUGCUCGUCGAAAAAGAUACCGUAUUAAUUUCACAACUACAAAAACAAGUGGAGAAACUGAAGGAAAAUUUACAUACAUUUCUUAAUCCUGACCAACUGGAAUCACUGAAAAAGCCUCGUGGUAGCAGGGCAAAUCAAUGGACUGACGAAACAAUUCUUUCUGCCCUGCAAAUUAGAUAUUCAAUAUUUGAUAUUGGAUUGGAUGAAGACAAAAUUACAGAAGACAGAAUUACAGAAUACCAUAUACCCGGUUGA